AUGGCGGCGGCGGCGGUGGCGGGGCCGGCGAUCCCGGGGCGGCUGCAGCCCCAGCCCGAGCCCCAGCCCCCGGCCCCGGCGGGCGGAAGCCGCUGCUCGCUGCUGGUCAUCGUGGGCGGCGAGUGCGCCCGGCCGGGCCUGCUCCGCCCGGUGCUGGCCCAGCUGGAGAGAGGGAUCCGCUCAUGGGAUGUUGACCCAGGCAUUUGUAACCUUGAUGAGCAGCUAAAAAUAUUUGUGUCCCGUCACUCAGCUACAUUCUCCAGCAUCGUGAAAGGUCAAAGGAGCCUCCACCACCGGGGAGAAGAGCUAGAAACUCUGGUGCUGCUGAACCCCUCGGACAAGUCCCUAGUUGAUGAGCUACGGAAUCUGCUUCUGGAGCCUUCAUACCAUAAGCUGCUGGUGCUGGCUGGCCCGUAUGUGGAAGAGACAGGGGAGCUCCUGCUGCAGACUGGUGGCUUCUCCCCCCGGCACUUUUUCCAGAUCCUGACUGAUAAAGAGAUUGAGGACCUCCGGAACUCUGCACCCUCUUCAGCCCUCCCAAGGCUCACCAUCACCUGCCCUGACUUUGGGGAGUGGGCAUACCCUGGGCUGGAUGGCUCUGGCCUCCAGGACUUUGUUCAGCUGCAGCUGAACCCCCCUGGGCGCCGGCCGGAGUCAGAAGGGCUUCGUGAGUUCCUGGAGUACGUGGCUGAGUCCCUGGAGCCACCCUCCCCCUUCGACCUCCUGGAGCCCCCCGCGACAGCGGGAUUCCUGAAGAUCUCUCGGCCCUGCUGCUACGUCUUCCCCGGCGGCCUGGGUGACGCCGCCUUCUUUGCCGUCAACGGCUUUACCGUCCUGGUGAACGGCGGCUCGAGCGCCCGGUCCAGCUUUUGGAAGCUGGUGAGGCAUCUGGACCGUGUGGACGCGGUGUUGGCGACCCGGGCCGACAGCCUGCCAGGCAUCAACAGCUUGCUCCGGAGGAAGCUGGCGGAGCGGGAUGAGGAGGCUGCAGGGGUGGCCGCGGGGGGCGGGCGAGGGAGUGAAGACUGGCUCCGCCACCUCAUUUCCCCUGAGCUGGGCGUGGUCUUCCUCAACACCGGGGAGCGGCGCCCGGUGUGGGGGGAUGAUGAGGCUGGCUUGGCCCUGGGCUACCUGGAGCGGCUGGGCAUCCCACCCACGCCCCUGUGCCGCGGCCCGGUGCCCUCCGAGCCCAUGGUGUUGUUCCUGAAGAUGGGAGUGGGCCGGCUGGACAUGUAUGUGCUCCAUCCACCACGGGCUGGUACCGGCCGGGAGUCAGCCCUGCCAAGCCUGGCCGCGUCAGCCUGCACCCUGCUUGUCUGGCACCCCGCCAGCCCCACGGAGAAGAUCGUGCGUGUUCUUUUCCCCGGCUGCACCCCGCAGAACCGGCUCCUGGAGGGGCUGGCCAAGCUGCAGCACCUGGCUUUUCUCCAACAGCCGGUGGUGACCCCCCAGGACCUGGAGGCCCCGGCACCGGGGCCGGGGCGGGCAGAAAGCAAGGAGAGCCUGCGCUCGGUCUCCAGGAGCAGCCUGGCUGACGGAGCCCGAACAGCGAGGGCAGACAGGAAGGAGGCCAAGCCAGCUACUGCGAGAGAACGGCCGCGGGGCCCCGCGGACGGACUUCCCAAGCUGGGCAAGGAGCGGAGCCUCCCGGCUAAGAAGGAGGGGAUUCGAGGGGAGGCCCCAGUACGCAAGGAAGAGAAGAGGGUCAGCCGGAAAGAGGACGGGGCCCCCACGAGAGAGCCCGGGGCAGAGGGGAGAGUCAAGGCUGACCCCCUCAAGAAGGAUCCCAGAGCCGAAGACAAGAAGGUGGGGGCCGCCAGGAUUCCCGGCCGCCGGACGACUUCCACAGCAGCCGAGCAGCCUCUGCCCUCCCGACCUGGGAGCAUACGGAGGAGUAACGUCCAGCCCACCCCCAAGGGUCCUGACAAGAGCCAUGCCCGGGCAAUCCUGAAGGAUCCCGGAGCCUCCAAGUGGGGCAGCUCCAAAAGCAGGGAGAUGUCGAGGACCCCCGGCCCAGGAGGUGACUGUGCCGGGGAAGGGGAGAGCCCAUCCGUCUUCCGCUGCGGUGAGGGCUGUCCCUCGUCGGCCCCAGGCUCCCCAUUGCCCCUGGCCAAGACACCCCCUGGGGAACAAAGCCUGGAGCUGGCCCUGGGGUCCACCCCACCUUUGGAGGGUCUGAUGAACCACGUUGGGGACGCCGGUGAGGAUGGAGGAGGCGGCGGCAGCUCGGAGGAGAAGACCCUGGAGCUGAUGUCUCCUGCCAGCUCGGUGGCCCCCACGCCCUCCCCUGCCGGUCCCCGGAGGCCCCCCGAGGGCGCGGAAAGGCUGGCUCUGAGCCCCUUCCGUGAGGCAGGCCCGGACGUCUCGCCCACGGUGACGACACCCUCGCUGCCCGCAGAGGUGGGCUCCCCACACUCCACGGAGGUGGACGAGUCCUUGUCCGUCUCAUUUGAGCAGGUGGUGCCCCCCGCAGUGGCAGCUGGUGAUGUUGAACCAGGCAAGGUGGGGCUGAGCCUCCCACUGAGGGCGCCGGCCACGCGGGCACCACGUUCAGCCUCGCCCCACGACGUGGAUCUGUGCCUGGUGUCCCCUUGUGAGUUUGAGCACCCCAAGUCAGCCCUAUCCCCAGGUGGCCUGCCCAGCCCCCGGGACGUCUCCAACGACAGCAGCGCUCGCUCUCAGGAGCUGGCCCGCGGGCACCGGGGGAGUGGAGGGCACCCCGAGGAGACCCCGCCCACCUCGGUGAGCGAGUCACUGCCCACCCUCUCAGACUCGGACCCUCCACCCACGGCAGAAGAUGGUCCCUCGCUGGCACCAGACUCGGAUGAGGAGGACACGGAGAACUAUGGCCCUGCCUGCGAUCCCCUGCCUGCCCCAAUGAAAGACCCACCCCCCCUGCCUGCCCAGCCAGGCAUCUGCAUGGUGGAUCCUGAGACACUCCCCCCUGACCACCUCAAACGACGUGAAACUGCCAGCCGGGCCUCCUCUCGCAAGGCUCCCUCCCGGACGGGUCCUAGCCCUGGGUCUGCCAAGGCUGUCCCUGGGUCGGGUCCCAAGGCCAGGGGGCCUCUUAGCCACACCCUUAGCAGUACCAGAAGUGAACCCACAGACAGGGGUCCCCGACUGGGUGCUGAUGCCAAGGGGAGCUUGACUGGGCGUGGUGGAGGCAGCAGCGGGGCCAAGCCAGGUGUCAGAGGUGCAUCAGGGUCAACUCUGGGCCGAGCAGGCAGCUGUACCAUCCCUCCGGGGCCCCCCAUCUACCUGGACCUGGCUUACCUGCCGGGUGGGGCUAGUGCCCGCUCUGUAGAUGAGGAGUUUUUCCGGAGAGUUCGAGCCCUCUGCUACGUCAUCAGUGGCCACGACCAGGGCAAGGAAGAGGCCAUGAGGGGCAUCUUGGAUGCGCUGCUGGCUGGGAAAGAGUGCUGGGAAGCGGACCUCCAGGUGACCCUCAUUCCCACGUUUGACUCCCUGGCCAUGCACGAGUGGUACCAGGAGACCCACGGGAGACAGCAGGACCUCGGCAUCACCGUGCUCGGCAGCAACAGCACCGUCGCCAUGCAGGACGAGACCUUCCCUGCCUGCAAGGUGGAGUUCUAGCGCUUCCCUGUCCACCUGUGACCCUCCCCGGCCUCGUGCGUGCACGUGGGGGCACACACACCCCGCUACCCACAGGCACACACGUGUGUGCAUACACACGGGCACACAUGCAAACACACCUGGGUGCACACACACCACAGGCAC